AUGGUCGUCGCCUGUACUAUGGGAUCAUUUGGUGCCUACCUGGCCAACCCUACGAUCCUCUUGGGCACGGACUACUUGAUUUUAAAAUGCAUCAAGUAUAUGGCUGGACGUAUGUUCAGAAUGAUGAGGCCACCGAGCGACUUCGAGCGGAUGCCCGCGACACCGAGUGGGGAGGAAUCUGGAACUUUCCAUUUCGCAGUCCUGGACAUCGUCAUGCUACGGCAUCGGCGGACCGAUCUGGCCUCAGCCAACUGGCCACUUAUCCUCGAUGACCUGGCCAGAAACCUGGUGGAUCAAGACUUGGACCAAUGGUUUGGUCCCAUCCCGGAACCGGCCAUCGGCCUCAAAAAGCGACGUGUCACGCAUGAUCUUUUGUUCGAGGAAGCCGACUACUUCGUCACACGCCCUGUGCCAUCUUCGGCGGCUACUCCUGCAGGACCAGUGGCUUUGCUGCAUUCCUUGACUCCAGCAGAAUGA